AUGAGGACGGCGACCAUACUCUUCUACUGCUGGUUGGGAGGUGUUGCAGCACACAGAGUACCACGUGGGGAGGUCGUAGGUGCGGUGGACCUUCAGCAGCUCAUCUACGAUCGAGGUGACGUUCGGCACGACGUAGCACUGCCACCACCGAUCUUAGUGAAAGGGACCACCAGCACCUCAGCCUCUUCCUCCUUGCCGACAAUAACGCCUCGCGCUUUGGGCGUCCAUAAACGACAGGCCCAGACGAAUGUCUCGACUACGGCUGUGAUGAACUCGACGACGACGACGAUGACGACCACAAGUAGUGUUUUGAUUCCUGCGACUGCGGCGUGA